AUGGCUGUUGCAUACACACCAGAAGGCGCUGUUAGCAUAUCUUAUCGUGAGCUUAUCGAGUCCCCACUCACUCUGACCGAGUCGAUCGAACGCGCAUUCGGAUCGCAGCCAGACUGCCUCGGGAUAAUCGUCGUUCGGGACUUGCCCGCAGCCUACGCCGGCUUGAGAGAGCGCUUGUUGAUGUUAUCCCACGCGUUCGCAACAAAACUCGACGAGCCCACCCGUGAACGGUAUGCAGACGCCAGAAGCCGGUACAGCUUCGGUUGGUCGCACGGGAAAGAGAUUAUGAACGGCAAGCCCGACCUGCUGAAAGGCUCCUACUACGCCAACCCCGUCGUCGAUCAUCCGCCUGUCUCUGACGCUCUAAGAGAGGCGUACCCUGAGUACUAUAACAAGAAUAUAUGGCCGGACAACGAGGCGGGGGUAGAGACUUUCGAGGCCGCUUUCAAGGAGCUCGGAAGGUUUGUCUUUGACGUUGGCGUCGCGCUAGCGAAAGCCUGUCAGCCAUUUGCCCUGUCGCGAUUGAACGACUCCUCCAUAUCGCUGCCCGACCUCAUCAAUACUUCAAACACUGCCAAAGCGCGCUUGCUGCACUAUUUCCCGCCCAACAACCCCACUGGCGACGAAGACUCCGCGGUCGACGACUGGUGUGGGUGGCACAAAGACCAUAGCCUUUUGACGGGUCUAUGCUCUGCUAUGUACCUGCAACAACAACAACAAGCGGACUCUGUUAUCGUUCCGUCGCCGUCGCCAGCCUCUGGAUUGUACAUCCGAACGCGAGGCGGUGAUAUGAGUAAAGUCCUAAUCCCCGUUGACUCUCUGGCAUUCCAGACUGGAGAAGCUCUCGAGGUGGCUACUGGCGGGAAGCUUCGUGCUACUCCACACUGCGUCCGGGUUGGCUCAGCACCCAACAGCGACAAAAUCAGCCGCGAGACUUUUGCUUUGUUCAUGCAGCCCGAUGUGGACCAGGAACUUAGCGUUGGCUACACAUUUGGACAGUUCUCCAAGAGAGUGUUUGACGAGCAUUAUGAUGGUGGUGCAUGA